UGCUAGUCUUGUUCGUGUUGGCCUGUUAGUGUCGUUAGUGUCGUUAGGGCGUGGAGGAGCUCCUCCAAAGAGCUCCUCCACGAAGGCAAACGCCGACUCACUAUUUAUAUUCAAGAUAGAUACUAAAUUAAACGAAUAAACUGAAAAUGUCUUAUCCAACCCCCCUAACAACCCCCCUCCAAAACCCCCGCCUGCGCUUGCUCAACAAACUACGCCAAAAUGCCUUCCCCCUGAUGACAUUCAUGGCCCUCCCCUCCGUGCGGAUCGCCCAGAUAAUCGCCCUGACAGGCCUCGACGGGAUCAUCAUCGACUGCGAACACGGCCACAUCAGCGACGACUCCAUGCACAACUCCGUCGCCGCGAUCUCUGCCCUUGGCGUGUCCCCUAUAAUCCGCAUCCGGGGCCCAACGCACGACAUAAUCAAGCGGGCCCUAGACACAGGUGCACACGGGAUUAUGGUACCCCAGAUAAACAACGCCGAGGAGGUGAGGCAGGUUGUUGCGUCGGCGAAAUUCCCACCCCAGGGCGUGCGUGGGCAGGGCUCUGCGUUUCCUGCGAUUGGACAUGGACUUACGACGCCGGAGUAUAUGCUUUCUGCGAAUGAGACGAUUAUCACGAUGGUUCAGAUUGAGACGAGGGGUGGGGUGGAGAAUGUUGAGGAGAUUUGUGCGGUGGAGGGGGUGGAUUUGGUGUUUAUUGGGCCGAAUGAUCUGGCGAUGAGUCUGUUGGGGUAUGUCCCUGCGCGGGGAGAUGAGCCGGUGUUUGUGGAUGCUGUUGAGAAAGUCGUCAAGGCUGCGAGGAGACAUGGGAAGUGGGCGGGCAGGAUGGUGAAUAAUGGGACUGUUGCGAGGGCGGAGAGGGAGAAAUACGAUACUGUGGCGAUUACGGGGGAUACGAAGGCGAUUCAGAAUUGGUAUACGGCGGAGCUUGAGAUUGCUAGAUCGUAGGUAUGUCUAAUAGAAUUGUUUCG